UACUUCACAUCAAAAAGAAAUCUGCACAAUGGCGUGGCUUUAUCCCUCGCUCAGAAUGUUGACCCUUUCGAUAUUCUCGCUCAUCGUCAGGGUCAAGAUUGUUUGCAUCUUCAAGACAAUCAGGUAGGAUACUAUGAGCAACGGAUUGAUCAAGGAAUCACAAAGAUUUUUCGAGUAAAUCCAUCAUCGAUAAGGCUUGGACAUCUUGUCGAACUGCAGGUGUCAUUCUGGGUGAUACACAGUGGAAAAGAUACACUGAGGCUGAUAAACAAGCUGUUAUCAUUUUGCAUAAUAGAU